GUUGCUAGGAAACACAUGAUGCGCAGGAUUGUUUUGCUAAAGGAGCACGUUGACAAUUCAGCCUUGUGUCACACACGUCAAUGUAGAAAUCAUGUCCUGUGCCGUUUUACUGGAUAACAACGCUAAACCAAAAUCCAUGAGCCGAGCAAAGCAGUGGACAGGAGAGAUUGAGGACCUGUACAGAUUUCAGCAAGCUGGAUACAGAGAUGAGCUGGAGUACCGACAAAUCAAACAAGUCGAGAUUGACCGUUGGCCGGACACUGGGUUUGUGAAGAAGCUUCAGCGUCGAGAUAACACAUUCUACUACUACAACAGAAAACGAGAGUGUGAAGAUCGAGAGGUCCAUAAAGUGAAGGUGUAUGCGUACUGACAGCUCCUUGACCCAGCCAACACUUUUCAUUUUUUAGUUUUGAAAUACUGUCUUUAAAAAAAUGCAUAAUCACAGUGUAUUCUUAAUGUAAG